UAAUAAGGAUGAGCAGCAGCCAUCUCGCUGCACCCCGCCGCCAUUAACCUCCUCACCUCAGCCGCCUCACCUCAGCCUCCCGCGGCUGCCACCCUCCUGCCUGCCACUUGCCUCCCUCAGGCUGGGCCAAAGAGGGUUGGGGAUCCUGGUUUAUAAUUAACACUAUCAAAAAUAGACUUUGAAUAAGCUGAAGGCAGAGAGGCUAAAGAAAAAAAAAUAAUAAAACACCGUGCAAGCUGAGCAUUAGGAAGGACCCAAGUGGCACUACCAGUCCGACAAAGGUAAUCCAAGACACCACAGCACCGGAGCUUCCACUACCAGGAUGUCCUGGGACUCCUUGUGCAGCAGGGACUUGCUGCGCCCCGAGAUCAGAAGUGGCCCCAGCCCAGGGCCCGGCAGCCAAGGAGACGCUGGGACUCCCUCCCUGGAGGAGCUGCGGCGCCUGCUCUGGAGAAGGGUCCCCCCUCCCAUGGGGCACGUGGAUGAAGUCUGGCCAAACCUCUACAUUGGAGACCUGUACAUUGCUCGUGACAAGGCACAGCUGAGCCAAAUGGGAAUCUCCCACGUGGUGAAUGCUGCUGCCGGGAGAUUCCGCAUUGACACGGGCACCAAGUUCUACCAGGACCUUCCAGUGGAGUACUAUGGAGUAGAAGCAGAGGACAACCCAAACUUUGACCUCAGCGUUUACUUCUACCCAGUUGCUAGAUACAUAAGAGCAGCACUGAAUUCCCCAAGAGGCAAAGUCCUAGUUCAUUGUGCCAUGGGGAUCAGUCGCUCUGCAACUCUUGUCCUGGCUUUCUUAAUGAUCUGUGAAGAGAUGUCCCUCGCUGAUGCCAUUCAGACUGUGCGCUCACACAGAGGGAUCUGCCCCAACUCUGGCUUCCUCAAGCAGCUUCAGGACUUGGACCUCCAGUUGGGAAGGGGGAAAAGAGAAGCCUGUUAGUGCCAAGGGGACGUGUGUCCUGGCACCAGAUUGCUCAGUACCUGCCCUGACAAACUCCUUGGUAAAUGGCUGAGCAAGCCGCUUGGAAUUUCGUAUUUUUUGGAUAAGCCCCCUAAUUGGGAAGCAAAUGAAAUAAAGGAUUCAA